UUAAUCUUAGCCAAGUGCGUAUUCUUCAUCGACCCAAAAGCGCAUUAUCCACUUUCUGGUUCUCUCUCCUGUGAUCUGUUAAUAAUUGCACCAUAAAUUCCUCAAGAAUAGUCUCAGUACAUCGCCAUACAGAACAAUAAAAUCAGCCCAGAAUUCAGACUCCAAAAGCUGAUUGAUUCAUCCAAUUUUACCAACAGUUGUUUUAUUCUUCAAUUAGAUACGCAGAAAAUCAAUAAAGGAUUGGUUUUUUAUUUGGAAAGAUACGGAGAUGGAGGUUCGAAACGAUGAUGACGCUCCUACAUAUCAUCAAGAGCAGCAGUCAUCACCCACUCCAUCCAAGCAAGUCAAGGCGUCUCCUAAUUCUGUUGAUAAAAAUUCUGUUACACAGAGGUUGCAGAAGGAGCUGAUGGCUCUCAUGAUGACUGGAGGUGAUCUUGGAGUAUCUGCAUUUCCUGAAGGGGAGAGCAUAUUUACUUGGAUUGGCACAAUCGAGGGUGGCAAAGGAACUAUCUAUGAGGGUCUGUCUUACAAAUUGUCAUUGCACUUUCCCCUUGAUUAUCCUUUCAAGCCUCCUCAAGUUAAGUUUCAGACAAUGUGCUUCCAUCCAAAUGUAGACCACCAUGGGAAUAUUUGCUUAGACAUUCUUCAGGAUAAAUGGUCUUCGGCAUAUGAUUGCAGAACCAUUCUUUUAUCCAUCCAGAGUCUAUUAGGAGAACCCAAUAUCGAGAGUCCUCUGAACAAUUCCGCUGCUUCACUUUGGAAGAACCAGGAAGAGUACAAAAAAAUGGUACGCAAACAUUACAUGAGUGGAGAAGCAUUUGAAAGCUAAUCUGCUUGUCCUCAUUCCAAAGCUGAAGACCAAUAUUUCCUGGUGAAAGAACUUCCUUCAUGAUGGAACAAAUUUACUGGGAAAAGUUGAGGUUGGACAGACAUCCUUUGUUCUAUCAUCAAAAAACAGACGUAGAUGGAGUUUUUCCAGCUUUUUUAAUUUUUCCCUACUUGAUUUUCAGUACCAGAAAUUGUUUUAACGAUUUAUUAUAAUAAGUUCUUGUCAAUAUAACUGCUGUAUAAUCCUGGUUGAAUCCUAAAAUAAUCCUCUGGUUUUUUGUUAAUGGAAAUCUGUCAUUUUCUCC